CCGGGAAAGUCGAGAGUUUUCAUCCCCGAGAGGGAGACUCGUCGCGCCCCUGGGGUCUCUUCUCCAAAAUUUGGCGCCAUUCUGGCACCUCAGCGUCGAGCUUUGAGGCGCAUCGAUCCGUCCCUGGAUACCCUCUCCUCAACAAAAGCCGAGGGGAGCACCUCCGUUACAACAAAUGGCGGUACCGUCGUAAGUACCUGCUCCCCACCCCGUGCCUCGUCAUGGUGGGAAAAAGUCCGUCACACACCGGCACACAUCUCCGGCGUGACGGUGGUUGCCACACAGUCGCACACCGAGGUCCGAUCCGCGAGGGAAGCUCGCGGGAUCCGAAUCGGCUCGGCCCGCAAUUUUCCCGGCGCGUCGCGGCCUCACGCGCGCGCGUCCCCCGGUCCCGCCUUGAGGGUUUCCUUUCGCAAUCUGAAGAGCGGGGACCCCCGUGCGGCGGUCCCCCGGUCUCCCUGUACCGUACCGUACCGUACCGUGCCGUUCCGUUCCGUUCGCGGGGAACGGCACUCGCUCGCUGGGCCGAAAGAGAGAGAGAAGUCGCCGCCCGCCCGUUCGUUCGUUCGUUCGUUCGUUCGCGUUCGUUCGCGCGCGUUCGUCUCGGAAAUACCGCGACGUCGCAAGUGCAUUUUCGGAGCAACGGGGAAUCACGCAGUGAAUCGUGAAGUGAGUGAAAUUCCGAGGGGAGGUUCGAAGGGCGAGCGACGGAGGAAGAGGGAGGGGGAGGGAGAGAAAGAGAGAGAGGAGCGACGACAUGCUCGGAGGUGUCGUUGACGUUUCGUGUGUCAGUGUCCUCUCUCGGGCUCUCUCGCGCCUGCACUUGCCGCAUUGUUCUCCAUCUCUCUCUCUCUCUCUCUCUCUCUCGCUUCCUCUCGCUCGCUCUGGCUCUCGUGAGAGUGCGCGAAGGGAGCGACCUGAGGGGGGGGGGGGUCUCAAGUACUCCGCGAGGGUACUCCGAGACGUUGCGACUAUGUCAACCGAUAGAGUCGUAGUUUAUAGUGCACUUCUAAAAAUUGUAGAGUACGAUUGCUACUGUUCUCCUCAGAUCCUUGAGGCUGUCUCUCUCUUUCUCUCUUUCUCGACGUGACAGGAUAUCCCUAUCCGACCGCUGUAUUCCUAUGUCCCUAGAGAUUUACUAUAGUCUCUAUCGCUUCGCGUAGCUAUUCUUUUAUGAGAGUCCGAUGACAUGUUGACAAACAUGCAUCAAGUAUGACAGUACUUAGAGUCGUAUGAGAAAGAGUUAUCUAAUCUCGGCUAUUAUUAACGGCGCUCUUUUUUUUACUUUCCUUACGCGCACGUAUGAGAUACUAUUCGUAUCCGAUUAUUAUCCGAUGUAAUUACAUCGCGGUCCUCGGUCAACCGUUAUUUUUGUAAUCCCUCGUAUUAAAGUUCCUUCACAGUUAAAAUUUGAGAGGGUGAAACCGACAAUUUAAAUGACGAUAUCCAUUCAGCUAUUAUUUUUGUAAUUUUUCAACUGACGUUUCUUUAUUAUUCAAAUUUCCUCGUAGUUCAAAUCUUUAAGCGUAACAUCGAUAAUUUCAUUUGUCCAACGUAUUUUGUUAAUUAUUAUGCGCUCGGCAAAAUUUCCCAAUAGUUACAAUUUUGGGGAAGUAAUAUAUCAAGACGGUUAAAAGUGAAAUUUGUAUCCAAUAAAGAAGUAAAAAGGCUGUCAAAGAGCGUACAAUUUAAAAGCAGAAGAAAUCACAAUCUUAUUAAUAAAAUUGAAACUACUUUUACUUAUGCGUCUGUAAAGUCGAUUCGUACGCGUUAUCACCCGGUCCAGUAUUAUUUCCGAAUUCUUCGCCUCUACCAUUAUCUCUCUCCGUUGUCAAUCGACACUCUAAGUUUGCGUGUAAAAUACACUGCCUUUAUCAUCAAAAUACACUUUUGUUCGCUCUCAAUUACCAUUGCGCAUUUUUUCCACUUAACAUAGAGUCAUUAGUUUUCAAAGUGUCCGAGACUUUUGACCCCGUAUAACGGCCCUCUCUUCAACGUGUACUCCAUUCCUCCCUUGACUCUACUACCGCUUCGAGACAACUUCAAAUCCACCUGGAGGCCUCACAAGCGUCCUCCCUCUUCUCCCCUCACGCUUCAAUUUUCCCUCAAAAGCGGCGUUCUGUGCCAGAGGAAGCAGACAGUCGUAAAAGGGGGGAAGACGGUACUCUUCGGCGUCGUGCGGCGCGAUGCUGGAUGACAGAUUAGACCCGGAGCGGCUAUCACAGGUUGAGUCCCUCGGGAACGGUCCCGCUUGGGGGGCAGGCUUCGGCGCAGAAUGACGAGCGCCGCCGGCUCGUGCUGCUGUUGCUGCUGCCGGAAGCGUAGCCGCGAAGAGGAGCAACGAACAGCCCGGCGACGAAGACGACGACGACGGGCGACGAGUUCGCGUCCCUCUAGCGCCAGCGGGGGGCUAUGAGCGCUGACAAUGGGGACGAAUCCUUGCCCACGUGGCGUUUAUGGGGCGAGGAAAGGGGCGACGGCGUCAUAUACACGGUAUACCUAAAGAAGGUCCGAUACCACCGGCCCACGAGAAGUCUCUCAGCAUCGGAUUCUGACGACGAGAUCUCGCACUUGGAAUGGGAGACGGUGAGGGUGCGCUUCUUGAAGGCCGGCACGGUGCAGCGGCUGGUCGAGAGCCUGGCGAACGACGACGGCGAACUGGAGUCCACCUACAUAAACAUCUUCCUGGCGACGUACCGGGCGUUCACCAGCCCGCGUGAGGUGCUCGAGCUGCUGCUCGCGCGCUACGACGCCCUGGAGGGGAGCGCCGGCUGCGAGCAGCACCGCAAGACCCUGGUCCAGGCCCUGCACGUCUGGCUGGACGCUUACCCGGGUGACUGGAAGUCAUCCCCCAGUUAUCCCCUGCUCACCAGGCUACUCGAGUUCACGCAGCAGCGCCUCCUCGGCUCCGAGCUUGAGCUUAAGGCCAAGCACCGACUGCACCGGUUCCAGCGGGAGGAUCAGAUAGACUCCUGCAUGGUGUACGACAAUGGUCGACUACCCACGCGCGGUUCCCCGGAUCCGAUGGCGGAUCACUGGGGGAACUACAUCUUCCCCGAGGUGCCCCACCGUCACUUCGCCGAGCAGCUGACCCGCAUGGACGCAGAGGUGUUCAAGAAGCUGGUCGCCCAUCAGUGUCUCGGCGCCGUGUGGUCCAGGAAGGAUCGUUCCAGGAGCCACGAGGCCGCCACGGUGCUGGCAACCGUAAACCAGUUCAACGCCGUCUCCCUGCGAGUGAUCUCGACGAUCCUGACGGACACGACGCUCAAGUCGCAGGAGCGCGCCAGGAUCCUCGAGACGUGGAUCGACGUGGCGCAGGAGUUGCGAGUACUAAAGAACUUCAGCAGUCUGAAGGCGAUCGUCUCCGGCCUCCAGAGCAAUCCGGUGUAUCGGCUGGAGAAGUGCUGGCAGUGCAUGCCACGGGAGAAGCACGAACUCUUCCGCGAACUCGAGAGGAUAUUCUCGGAGGAGAACAACGCCUGGACGCAAAGGGAAUUACUCAUCAAGGAGGGCACUGCCAAGUUCGCCGAUACUGCCGGUAGAAGCGACAGGCAUCUGCAGAAGCUCUUUCAGAAACAGAAUACUCACGCGGGCAACAUUAGCUACGGCACGAUACCGUACCUAGGUACCUUCCUGACUGACCUCACCAUGAUCGACACUGCGAUACAGGACACGAUAGCCGACGGUCUCAUCAACUUCGACAAGAGACGGAAAGAGUUCGAGGUGCUCGCCAGGAUAAGGCUCCUGCAGGGCGCGGCGAACGCGUACAACUUCAGCACGGACCCCGUGUUCGAUCGCUGGUUCCACUCGGUGGUGGUGCUGGACGAUCGGGAAGCGUACAAACUCAGCUGCCAGAUCGAGCCACCACCAGGGAACACUCUCAAUAACCGCGGCAAGAAGAAACAGGGUCAUCAAGGUCACCGGAAGAACGACUCGAUCGCCUCGACGUCCAGUUCGAGCAGUUCGCAGUUUUACUGCGACCUCGACUCGCUCCCGAGCUCGCCGCACAACUCGCUGGACCGGCGCACCUCGCCGUCGCAGAUGUCCAGCUCGUCCUCGAGCUCGUCCCUGCCGUCCCUGGACGUGUCCCUGAGCUCCGGCGGCGGUGGCGGCCACCAGACUCGCCUGGCACCGCCGGCGGGCGCCGUGGUGGCCAACGGCAGCACUCCCAAUCUCGCCGGACUGUCCAGCCCCAGCCACUCGCACAAGAGCUCGCCGGAAUUCUACAUCAUUAAGAUCACCAUGGAGACGGACAACGUGGAAACGCAGGGUGUGGUGCUGUACAAGUCGAUAAUGCUGUCGAACAACGAGCGGACGCCGCAGGUUAUCCGGAACGCUAUGCUGAAGCUCGGCCUCGAGGGCAGUCCCGAUCAAUACACCCUGGCCCAGGUGCUACCCGAUAGGGAGAUGGUGCUGCCCAACUCGGCCAACGUCUACUACGCUGUAAAUACCGCGCACAAUCUCAACUUCAUACUGAGACAGAGGAGGGAGCCCAACGACGUGACCUCGGACAGUCCCAGGAGCAAGGGCAACGGACACAAUCACAAAAGGUAGUCCGGAGACCGAGCAGCCCGCAACAGGAGGAUCUCCGAAGUCUCCCGAUGAGCGGACCCGACAGAGUUCUCGGACAGUUACGCGAACUGCGCGAAAUUCGAUCGACGAUUGGUCCCCUGGUGAACGAGAGCGAAGUGGGGUCGAUAGGAAGACAAGUGCGACCACCACGAUCAGAUAUUAAACUGUAAUAUUACGCAGCAUUUGUUAACAUUUGAUAUUACGAUAUUGAGGCCAACGGUACGUUUAUGGUUGGUGCCGCCGAUAACAGUUGGCAAUAUUAAUAUUACUGAUUGGCACCAUCGAUACGCCGUUGCCGAUUAGUAAUAUUAACAGUACUACUUGCAUAAUAAUGCAAUUACAAUACAUAUCAAAGUAUUACAGCUUAAUACCCGGUUCGCCAUUAAGAUAUUCCAUUGUAAUUUAAAGAAAAAACGACGACUACUUAUUUAAUAGUUAUACAAUGUUACUCGCGUGAGGAAGCGACGAUGUCACAAUUAACGCAAUCGAUCGCGCAAUCCUCGCUCUCCCUCUCUCUCUCUUUCUCUCUUUCUCUCUCUCUCUCUCUCUCUUUCUCUCCGUCGCGAAUCGAAGAGCAAAGAGGGCGGAAUCUCACCGUAAUCGUGUUAAUUAAUUUGUUUAUUAAGAUUUACCAUGACAAACCCGGUCGCCUCGCCUCCCCGAGGCGACGCGAGCGGUCGAGCGACGGGCCGAGCGAGGUACGAUUAAGCGCGGUCACUCGUACGGCCGGAAGUGCGUAGGCUCACGCACGUAUCGCACACGCAUGCACGAGCGCACGUAUGCACGCCACGCACACACGCACGUAAUAACAAACGCACACGAGACUCGUACAGUAUUCAGAGGAGCAGGGAGCUCGGCACAGUUGCGCAACCGAGCGAGCUGUUCUAGCAUUAUUCUAGGCGCGCGUUUAGCGUGAGUCACACACGCGAGGUUCUUAUCGACGCCGCCGUGACGCAAACAAACGCCCGUAUUUUUGCCGCUCCCGGGGCAUCGCGACCAGGUGGAGCGUCCGCAUUGUUAAACGCAAUUUGCCUAAUCCGCUCUGCAAAGAGAUCACGCGGAGAUCGUCGAUCUGAUUAGAGUAACUGGGGAUUCACGAAUGUCCUUUCUCGCAGGGCCGGGGCACAAAGCGACGUAAUGGCUUUACGGCAGGACAUAAACGUAGACAGCGCACAAGCUUUCGCGUAAAUGUAAUGUCGUGUGUAAUUGGAAGUAAGUACGACAUGUGUCAAAGCUCGUCUCUUUGUGCUCCGACCCGCGGAUUACGAGGAGUGCGUUGGCGGCCACGUUUAGCGCUAAAUACGGCCGGUCGAGCGACAAUCGGCCCGACGUAAACGCGCCGACGAGAUAUUACAGGAAACGAUUGUGCGCUAAUUGUGCUCAAAUGGAAUUUAGAUUUUUACUUUCUCCCGCGCGUCACGGGGGAGCCGUGUGUCUUUUGCGCCCCCACUCGCCGACUGAUGUUUACGCUCGGCGAUGCUAACGAAAUAUGAUAAUCGUGUCGAGAUAGCAAGCACGUCCGUUUGUUGCGAGCACUAAACGUGCGGAGGUAGAAAUCAUAUACUACUGGACAGCGUAUUCCCGCCCGCCUUGUUCUAUUGUUCUGGCCGUUGCCGAGUUAAGGGACAAGGGUAGAGUCUCUUGCAAUGCGUACGACAGAGAAGUCUUCUCUCUAAAAGUCAAUCACUGAAAACAGUGACUAGUCACUGAUUUGCAGUUGCAAGUAUACUCUGG